AUGUCCUUGUUGAUAAAAGGUGGAAGCAGUUUGACGGUAGUUUCUCUUGUUGUGUCAAAGCGUACGCCCGUAGCAAGGAUUUGCAAGCCGUCCAUUUGGGAUUCUAGAGUUGGUUUCUGUAGAAGGACCAACAAAAAUCGUCUCUACACAACCUCGAAUAUCGCCUCCCAGGAAGCGACACCCUCCAGCACAAGUGUCUCUGACAGGAAACUUUUGCCGUUCGAAACCACGCCGCUGGGUCGAAACGGAGCAGCACAAAUGGACGGUUUAGAUCUUUACCAAGUCCCUGCCGACGAUGAUCACCCCCUUUCCGUGUACGGAAUCCAAAGUACCACGCCUGUCAUGUUUGACAAGGGAUCAUCGCUCCGCCCUGUAUUGCUACUGCACGGUCGUACCUGGUCCGCCGUUCCCGUUUACCACUUGUUGGGAGGCACGCAAUACGAGAAAAACGGACAGCAGUCGCGAUCGCUCAUGGAAGCCCUGCUGGCGAAAGGACUGCAACCAUACACAAUGGACUUUCGCGGCUUCGGUGGAACGCAUGCGGAUGAAACAGGCUAUGUCGAGCCUUCUAGAUGCGUACAAGAUACCGAAGUCGUGUUGGAAUGGAUUGCUCGUCGCCAUGGUAUGGUAGGGAAAGAGUUUCCAGCGUUGUUCGGCUGGAGCCAAGGCGCUUUAGUGGCUCAGUUGGUCGCCCAGAAAACUCGUCCCCUCAUGUCUAAAUUGAUUCUGUACGGAUCGAUAUACGACCCAAUGGUUCGCUAUCCCCGGGAACCGUUGUAUUCUACGAGUAAGCCCAAUCGUACGGUGAUCGAAAACACAUUUGACAACGCCAUUGAAGACUUUACCAUUGAAGGCUCGAUUGCCCCAGAACCGGCACGUUUGUUUGCUGAAGCCGCCCUACAAAGUGACCCCGUGAAAGCCGUUUGGAGACAUCUCUAUCAAUUCAACAAUUGCGAUCCUGGGCGAGUUCACGUUCCUACCUUGGUGGUAGCGGGAGACCAGGAUCCGUACGCUCCUUUGCAUGUGCAGCAAGAACUUUUUUGUAACCUAGGCCGAGCAUCCGAUCGUACCUGGAGUAUCCUGGCCGAUAGCGAUCAUGCUGUACAUCUUCUGGAAGGCCGGGAACGUUUCAUUUCCACCGUGGUUAGCUUUGUGAAGAAUGGCAAACGUUCGGAAAACGACGGUGGGCAAGAUUACACAUUUUGA